AAAAAAAAAAAAAAAGAAAAAGAAAUGAAGGAUUCCUUUUAUGGGCUUAUCAGUGGACUAUGAACAGCUUAGGAGAGAAUCUCUGAGCUUGAGGAUAUGACAGUAGAAACUUCCAAAACUGAAAAUCAAAGAGAAAAAAGACUGGAAAGAAAACCCCAUAGUAUCCAAGAACUGUGGCAAGAACUGUAGGGCAACUACGAAAGGUAUAACGUAUAAUGGGAGUACGAGAGUACAAAGGAACAGGAGCAUUAUUUGAAGACAUGAAGACUAAGAAUUACCCCAAAUUAAUGUCAUACACCAAACCACAGAUCUCAGAAGUUUAGAGAACACCAAGCAGGAUAAAUGCAAAAAAAAAAAAAAAAAAAAAAAACUAAACCUAGGCAUGUCAUAUUUAAACUGUAGAAAAUCAAAGAUAAAGAAGAAAUCUUGAAAGAGGCUAGAGGGGGGAAAAACCUGUAGAAGAGCAAAGAAAAUAGUUAUAUCUGACUUCUCUUCAGAGACUAUGCAAGCAAGAAGAGAAUGGCAUGAAAUAUAUAAAGUGUUGAGAGGAAAAAACCCACCAACCUAGAAUUCUGUAUCCUGCAAAAUUAUCCUUUAAAAGUCAAGAAGAAAUAGACUGUCUCAGACAAACAAAAAUUUGGUGAAUUUGUUGACAGUAGACCUACCUUGCAAGAAAUGUUAAAAGAAGUUCUUCAGAGAGAAGGAAAAUCGUACAAGUCAGAAACUCUGAUGUACAUAAAGAAAGCAAGAGCAUCAGAGAAUAAGUUAAGUGAGUCCUUUCUUGCACACCGAGAAAAUAUGCAACAGAUGAUGAGAAGUUUUUCUGAACCCUUCGGAAGAGACUUGCUCAGUAUCUCUGAUGGUAGAGGGAGAGCUCAUAAUCGUAGAGGACAUAAUGAUGGUGAAGAUUCUUUGACUGCAACGAGUUGUUCUCUUGUGCCUUUUGGCGAUUUUGGUAGUAUGCAUACAGAUGUCAGCUCUUUCCAGACAGUGGACCAAAUGGUGUCAAAUAUGAGAAAGUAUAUGCAGAAAUUAGAAAGAAACUUUGGUCAACUUUCAGUGGAUCCAAAUCGACAUUCAUUUUGUUCUUCCUCAGUUAUGACUUAUUCCAAAAGAGGAGAUGAACCGCCAAAGGUUUUUCAGGCCUCAUCUCAAACUCGUCGAGCUCCAGGAGGAAUAAAAGAAACCAGGAAAGCAAUGAGAGAUUCUGAUAGCGGACUAGAAAAAAUGGCUAUUGGUCAUCAUAUCCAUGACCGAGCUCAUGUCAUUAAAAAGUCAAAGAACAAAAAGACUGGAGAUGAAGAGGUCAACCAGGAGUUCAUCAAUAUGAAUGAAAGUGAUGCUCAUGCUUUUGAUGAGGAGUGGCAAAGUGAGGUUUUGAAGUACAAACCAGGACGACACAAUCUAGAAAACACUAGAAUGAGAAGUGUUGGCCAUGAGAAUCCUGGCUCCCGAGAACUUAAAAGAAGGGAGAAACCUCAACAAAGUCCAGCCAUUGAACAUGGAAGAUCAAAUGUUUUGGGGGACAAACUCCACAUCAAAGGCUCAUCUGUGAAAAGCAACAAAAAAUAAAUAGCCGUGCAUUUGAUUUGUUUAGUUUUGGUUGUUUUAACAGUUAGUAAUGGUGCUGGGUAAUAAGCAUAAGACCAAUCUCUUGCUGUUAAAUCAGUUCUGUCCUUGGCAACUUUCUUCUGAUAUCUGAGUGUUCAUGAAGGUCCUAGCUUUAUAUUGUCCCUCUUUUAGGAAUAAAAUUUUGAUUUUCAGCAA